AUGGGGGGCCCAAGACUGAGUGAGCAUCUGCCUGCAGCCUCAUCGUCCAGCAACUCACAGCAAGUGAUACACCCAUCCUUGGCCACCCGUGGCUAUCAGCUCUGGCAGCUGCUCCGUAACAGCCUCCACAGCGUUGUGGAGAAGGAGAAGACGGCUGAGCUGCGUGAAACACACUUGACACAUGGGCUGGAGUCAGUGCGCAUUCUCAAGGUGGCAGCAGGGGUGAGGUCUGUGGUGCAGGGCUUGGAGGGCAGCCACUUUGUGGUGCUGGAUGGCGCAGGCUUCCUGCACCUGUACUGGGACAGCGGCAUUGUGCAGAGAAAAGUCAAGGCCCCCGUGGCACUGGCAGGGCUGGUGAUGGUGCCAGGCCAGCUGGAUGCUGUGAGUGGCUUUGUGGGCUGGGGCCCCUUCGGGUUGGCCCUCCUGAGGCCGGAUUUCAGCCUGCUAUGGCUGAGUAAGCCCAGGAGGAAGCGGGUGCCUGAACACAACCCCAUCUACUGCCUGCUGGUGCCAGAUCGGGAGCAGCUGCUGGUGGCCGAGGCAGGAGGAGGCCUGUCCCUCUGGAAGUUUCAUGCAGGGGGGCAUCUCCUGGUGCCCUUCAGACCAUUACUACAGCCAGAGCUACAUCCUAGAGGUACACUUGUGCGGCUGGUUCUGGGUCCUGAGACAGCCCAGGGCUCCUGCUGCUGCUUCGCUGUGUUCAGCUCUGAGGUGUUCACCUUUGAUUUGCACACCUGGGCCUUCACAGAUGUGCGCCGGAAUCUCCAUAAAACUGCCAUCAUGGACCUGGUACACUGCGGAGAGCUGAAGAUCACAGUGACAGCUUCCCGCGACAGCACAGUGAAGGUGUGGGAGGCAGACUGGCAGAUCAGGAUGGUGUUCCUGAGCCACACAGGCCCGGUUACAGCUCUGGCUCUGCUUCCCGAUACGACCCUGGUGGUAUCGGCCUCACAGGACGGGACGAUGCGCACGUGGGACCUGCAGGAAGCGGCGCAGGUUGGCGAGGUGGUGCUGGAUUGCCCGGGACCAAACCAGCCGCUGGGGCAGGUGACCCGCCUGCUGCCGCCCCCCGACCUGGGCCGCCCGCUGUUCUCUUUGCGUGACUUCAGCGUGCAGCUGUGGCGUUUGCGCACGCUGUACUCACCCUUGGCGCAGCUGUCGGCGCCUGUGCUGCACCUGCAGGUAGCACCCCCGACGCCAGGGCCGAUGCAGUCCCCGCUGCAGCCCCAGCUGCCGGUGCGCCUUGUGUGCGCCUGCGCCGAUGGCUGGGUCUACCUGGUGUCGGUGGCGACGGGACUGACAGUGACCGCGCUGCCGCUCCAGCCCGAGGACUGUGCAGCCGCAGUGGCCUACUGCCUGCCGCGGGAGAUCCUGUGCGUGCUGACGCUCACCGGUCACCUGGUGUUCGCCACUUCGGCCUGCUGCCCCAUGCGCGUGCUGCACCGAGAGCGCCCGCCGCCGCCCCCUGGCCCCCGGCCCUGCUGCCUGCACCUUUAUAGCCACCUCUCGGACCCCAAGAGCGCGUUUGACACUUGGGAGAUGGUGCGCCAGCGCAGGGCUGAGGUGCGAACCUCGGACGUGGCUGGUGCCUGGAAGGACAAGAACCGGUACCUGACCCUGGUGGGACGCACAAAUGGCACGCUGGCGGUCCUGGACUUGUUCUCCUGGAAGACCACCUUCCACACAGACGCACACUGCCCUAAUCACGUCACAGCCAUUGAAUCCACCUGGAACAGCAUUGUCACCUCAGGGGGAGACCUGACGGUGAAGGUGUGGCGGGUCUUCCCCUAUGCCGAGGAGAGCCUCAGCCUGCUGUGCACCUUUGCCUCCUGCCACCCGGUGGUGGCACUGUGCGUCCUGGGCAGGACCAUUGCCAUGGCCUUCGAGGACCCCAACAAUGCCACCUAUAGCGUGGUGCACCUCAGUCUGGACCAUGGCACCCGCCAUGACCACCGGCCACAGGACGACCCCACAGACCACAUCACCGGCCUUUGCUGUUGCCCCUCACUGAAGCUGUACGCCUCCUCCAGCCUGGACUGCAGCAUCCGCAUCUGGACAGCAAAGAACCGCCUGCUGCGACUUCUGUUGCUGGAUGGGCCCCCUCAGGCCCUGACCUUCUGUGGCAACAGUGGGGACCUGGCAUUGGCGCUCGGCUCCCGUCUCUGCCUCAUACCACACAGCCUUUACUUGCCCACAUUCUACCUGCUAAAGAAACUGUGCCAGAAAACCCCCAAAGUGGUAGAUGACCCUCCAUUGCCCCUUACCUGCCAGGCGUCGCUGACCACAGUCCAGCUGCAGAGGCUCACCCUGCAAGGGACAGCCAGCUGCAGACAUCCCAGCAGGUCCUCAGAGCUGGCCCUCAAGCCCUCGCUCAGCACCUGCGGCACUGCCUUGCCACCCGGUUCCACCACACUUCAGCAGCCUGAGCCUGAGGAGGACUUGAAAGCCCUGAUCCGCCGGGACUACGACCUGCAGAAGCUGAAACUGGGGCUGGUGUUUCCAGUGCAGCAGAUCAUGCUGUCCUUGUGGCAGCACCAAGAGGCCUUCGAGAACUACCUGAGCGCCAUCUAUGGCACUGACCUGAAGAAACUGUCCCCAGGUGAUGAGACCCAGGGUUGGCGCUCCAUGAACCUCUCCCUGGAGAGUGAAGCCAGUGCCAGCUCCCUUUUCCCAAAGGCUGAGGACCACCUGGCCCCGGAGGCCGCAGGGGUCCCCAGCACACCCUCUGACCACCCUCUCAGAGUCUCCUUUCCCAUCACCCCCACCCCUCAAGAAGUGCACAGCAAAGCAUCCCAGCUGCUGGCCUGCUCCUCCCUGAGCAGCAGCCUGCACCUCAGCCUGGACCUGCAGCUCCAGGACUUGGAUCGGCGCCAGGAGCGGAGGAAGAAGUUGGAGCAGCUCAUGAAAGUCCCGCUGCAGAAACCAAUCCCCCUGCUGCUGAAGAGGAGACCUGAGGAACUUGUCUCAAAGUUUCAGGGCUUCUUCCCUGCCAUACUUGGGUCCAGCGCAAUGGUCAAGGUCUGGGGCAAACUUUGGCCGUCCCUCAAGAGGUGGCUUUGGCGGCGGAAGUUGAUCCUGUACGAGGAUGAGGAGGAGGAGGAGGAGGAGCAGGUCUCCUUGGACUCGGGGAGCAUGAACGUGCAGCAGGUCACCAUGGAGGGCAAGAAAGAGCUACAGGUCCUGGAGCAGCUCCUGCAGAGACAGACCCAUGGUGACAGCUCCUUGGACACCGCUGAGCGCCGCCAGCAUGCCCUCUCCUCUUUGUGGGAGGACCGCUAUCGGCAUCUGCCCGCGUUCCUGACUUUCUUCGUCCUCCAGAACUGGUUUAAAAGGCUCUUCCCCACCUUCACCCUGGAGGCAUACCCCGAGAUGGGCACAGUAGAAGGCCUGGCCUUGCAGUUUAUGGACCUGUUAGGAGAAGCGUCCUGGACUGACCGUAUCCACCUUCUGCACGCGCUGCAGAGACUGCUCCCCAGCAUGAGCCAGAAGCUGCGUGACCGGCUGUACAACCUUGUGGUCUUGAUGCUCAACCAGGAGGAGCCCCCCCACCUGGAGGAUGAGACGCAGAAGAAGUUCGUGAUGCUGGCACUGCAGCUGCUCCUGUCCUGCUCCCUAGAGUCCAGAGAGGUGAUAGUGCAGCUCUUGUCCUACUUCCUCUACUCGCCAGUCUCCUGCUGGCCUGAGAUCCAGAGUUUGCUGGCCAAGCUAGGCCUUCACGACCCACACGGAUUCCUCUUCAAGGACAUGCUGACUUGGGUGCAGGGCCCAGACUUCUUUUCCAAGGCCAUCCUGCACAAGCGCUGCCAACAGAAGCUGGAGGAGCUGAUGCAGAACAUGGAGAUGGCGGACACCACACCACCACUGCCGGACACGACAUCAGAGCUGCUAUCCACUUCAGCACACCCCCGUCUUUCCAAGGACACUCUGCUGCCAUCCAUCUCCGAGGCACCCACUCCCACCUCCCUGAGGCCUACAACGGUGGCCUUGCCCAGGGAGGUGGAGGAAAAGCCUGGGGAGAUACAACUCCUGAUGCCCUUAGCCCAGCCCCUCAGCCUCAGGCCCACCCGUCACAGGCUCUCGGAGAUUCUGGGGCAAUUCUCCGCGCACAUCUCGCCCACCUCCAUCCUUGAGGAUUCCCUGCCGCUGGAGCACUCAGACUGGUCACGUAUGCAGGUGCUGGACCUGACGGCCAUGGAUGCACUCAACUUCUACUGCGAGCAGAUGGGUACCCGGGGGGGUUUCUUCCACCCGCAGAGGCUAGAGAGGAGGUUCCUGGACCUCCACGUCGAUCACAGCGCCAAGGUGGUGGUGCCCCAGACCAAGACGGGCCGCCGCAAAGGGCAAUACCGCAUUCACCGGCUGCAGGAGGUCCAGGCCCAGGCCCCCAGGCGAACCAAGGCGGUGGCUUGGCAGAGAGGCCCGAAGCCGACUCAGCCCUUGGGCCGCAUCCGGGUGCUGAAACUGCCUCUGCCGCGAGCCGAAGUGCGGCCCUUCCCCCCGGGCUGGCCUCGGCCGGCCAGCCCGCUGCCCCCUCUGCUGCUGCAGCCAGCCCUGCAGCGCUACUUUGCGCCCCAGAGCUCCGACCCUGACAGAUACACCUAA